AUGCAAAACCACUGCCAGAGAGAAGGGCACCGCAUACCACUUUCACCAGAGAAGGAACUUCUAAACAUGUCAUCUGGGGUCAUGCCCAGCAGCUGGGACGCUAGAAGCCUUAACACAACCAAGACUCAUGAGCACGACGAGCGAGAUAUUGAAGUUCGAAAUAGCCCGUCUCAACAUACUCUAGAAGAAAUCCAUCACUCUAGAGAAAUCUUCAAUAUCCUUAGUAGUUCCGGCGAGGCUGAGCCGCAGUUGCUGCGAACAACUGAACCAUGCUCCACGACUGAAAAGGCUGGCUCACUUGGUUCACACUAUGAUUCGAAAACAGUCAGUUUCAUUCAUCACUCUAACACCGCUCCAGAGGAAACCCCCCAACUUCGCCUUGUCGAAGGUCUCCUACAAAGGCUAUCCGUACCCACUGAGAACAAUCAGAUUGCCGAGAAGAGGCAAACAGGCUUACGAAGAAAAACCGUGUACUCAGAGACCCUCAACGAUGCGCAGUCCCACAUAUUCAGUCUCCAGACCUACCGCAAGGAUCUGACACCGGAGGUUGCGCAGGAUUAUGAUGCUCUUAUUGAACAAAUUCAGGACUGGGUACAGAAGCUCAUGAAAGCCUGGUUGGAGGACUGUGAUGAUGAUGCUCAUGCUUUCUUGACCCAUGCGAAGAGGCACAUACUCGAUGCUGAUAGACUUGCGAGAUUUCUCAAAAAAUACCCGGAUCUGAUUGAUGGUCUGAAUUUCCCAGAGACUGACGAGGAUAUCGUCACAUCUGUGAUUAUGAGACAUCUUCAUGUUAGGGUCUUCCAGUCUUUUCUCUACGAUGCCAUACCACACAGCAUAUAG